AUGUCUCCAGACGCGCCGCCGCCGCCCCUCGAGGGCAAAAAGCGCCGUAUCGCGGUGAUGACUAGCGGUGGCGAUGCCCCAGGUAUGAACGGAGCCGUACGCGCCGUCGUGCGGAUGUCCAUCGCCCAGGGCUGCGAGGCCUACGCCGUCUACGAAGGCUACGAAGGGCUUGUCCAAGGCGGAGACAUGAUCAGGGAGAUGAAGUGGGAUGAUGUUCGAGGCUUCCUCUCCGAAGGCGGUACCAUGAUUGGCACGGCACGCUGCAUGUCCUUCAAAGAGCGCUGGGGACGGUUAAAGGCAGCGAAGAACAUGGUGGUCAAGGGAAUCGACGCUCUGAUUGUCUGCGGAGGAGACGGCAGCUUGACUGGCGCGGACCUCUUCAGGUCAGAAUGGCCCAGCUUGAUGGACGAGUUAGUCGAGAAGAAGGAGCUUACCGCGGAGCAAGUCGAGCCGUUCAAGCACCUCAACAUUGUCGGUAUGGUCGGCUCGAUAGACAAUGACAUGGCCAUGACGGACGCGACGAUUGGCUGUUACUCAUCCCUCGAUCGUAUUUGCGAGUCCGUCGAUUGGAUAGAUGCCACGGCCGAGUCACAUCAGAGAGCUUUUGUGGUCGAAGUCAUGGGCAGGCAUUGCGGCUGGCUGGCCCUCAUGGCUGGCAUCAGCUGCGGCGCUGACUUUGUGGUCAUCCCGGAGAACCCCCCCAGUGGGAACUGGGAGGAGGAGAUGUGCAAAGUUAUCAAGAAGCACCGAGACCUAGGCAAGCGGAAGACAAUCGUGAUAGUGGCAGAAGGAGCCAUUGACACGAACCUAAAAAAGAUUCCAUGCACCGUGAUCAAAGACCUCCUUACGAACAAACUCCACCUUGAUACCAGAAUCACCACGCUCGGCCACACACAGCGCGGAGGCUCGCCAUGCGCGUACGACCGCAUGCUGGCUACCUUGCAGGGCGCAGAAGCUGUAAAAGCCGUUCUAGAAGCCACGCCGUCAACCCCAAGCCCCGUCAUCUCCAUCGUCGAGAACAAGAUCGUUCGCAAACCUCUGCUGGAGGCAGUCAAGCAGACCCAAGAAGUCGCGAAGGCCAUAGAAGCGAAGGACUUUGCUCGCGCUAUGAGCCUACGGGAUGCUGAGUUUACUGAGUACUUUGAGGCGUUCAAGAUCACAACCGCUACCGUCCAGCCUCAGAUGAUGCUCCCCCCGGAGAAGAGGAUGCGCAUAGGCAUCAUGCACGUCGGAGCCCCUGCUGCAGGCAUGAAUCCUGCAACCCGCGCCGCUGUCGCAUACUGUUUCGCCAGAGGACACACUCCAGUCAUGAUCCAUAACGGCUUCCCCGGGCUGUGCAGGCACCACGACGACCAGCCUAUUGGUGCAGUGCGGGAUGUCUCCUGGCUAGACGCUGAGGCCUGGGCGAGCGAGGGCGGAUCGGAGAUCGGUACGAACCGCGGCCUACCCUCCGAAGACAUCGAGACGACCGCGAUGUGCUUCACUAAGUACAACAUCCAGGGGCUGUUCAUCGUUGGCGGCUUCGAGGCCUUCAGAUCAGUCAGCGAGCUCCGCAAAGCGAGAGCGUACUACAGCUCCUUCAAGAUCCCCAUGGUUAUCCUUCCCGCGACCGUCAGCAACAAUGUCCCAGGGACCGAGUACUCGCUUGGCAGCGACACGUGCCUCAACUCGCUGAUCGAGUACUGCGACGUGCUACGUCAAUCCGCCUCGUCGUCUCGGCGCUGCGCCUUCGUCGUCGAGACUCAGGGCGGCGCAUCCGGCUACGUCGCCACCAUCACAGGCUUGUCUAUCGGCGCAGUCGCGGUCUACACGCCCGAAGAAGGCAUCAACAUCAAGAUGCUCGACCGCGACAUCGACUACCUCCGCGAGUCCUUCGCAAAAGACCGGGGUCAGAACCGCGCGGGCAAGAUCAUCCUGCGCAACGAGAAGGCGUCGAAGAUCUACACGACCGAGGUCAUCGCGGGCAUGAUCGCCGAGGAGGCAAAGGGCCGCUUCGAGUGCAAGCCCGCCAUCCCGGGCCACUUCCAGCAGGGCAACCGCCCGUCGCCCAUGGAUCGUAUCAGGGCCACAAGGUUCGGCAUCAAGAGUCUGCAGCAUCUGGAGACCUUCGCGGAGAUGGGCAAGAACGAGAUCGCGGACGAUCCGAUGAGCACGACGGUUAUUGGCGUCGUUGGGGCGAAGGUCAGAUUUAGUCCUAUGGAGGAAGUUGAGAGGAGAGGCACGGAUUGGGCGAAUCGGAGGCCGAAGGAUGAGUUCUGGAGGGAACUGAAGGGCAUUGUCGACACGUUGAGCGGGCGGAGGAACUUGCAUCCCGUGGUGUAG